AGUAAAGUGUUGUAAUUGUGUUCCCUCAGCACAAACCAAUUUGGCUUCUUUAAUUGGAGGCUGUCGGAGCUGUUGCCAAACCAUGAAGAAGGAGAUUCUUAUCCGGAUGCAACCGGACUACGACAAAUGCCACCACAGUAAGGCUCUCAAGGUGGCAGCUACUGUUAGCGGAGUGGAGUCGGUUACGGUGACCGGCCGGGACAGGGACCUGCUGCUGGUGAUCGGCGAUAGCGUGGACGAGGGCAAGCUGACCAGGAAGCUGAAUAAGGAGGUCGGGGAGGCCGAGAUCGUGGAGCUGCGGACUCUGCUUGCAGGCGGCUCGGACGCGCUGCCACCAGUCGUGUCCGCGGACAUGGUCGUCGCACUGUCCCCGUACCACUCCACCCCCGGCCGGAGCCUGCCCGGAGGCGAGCGUAUCACGGGCCCGGUCGCCGCCGCGCUGUGGCCGGGGGAGCAGGCAGGAUAUUAUCCCGGUACGCCCAGCCCGUGCCACUACUACUACCCGUCCCCGAUGGCUGGCCCUGGGCAAGUGCAGCAAGGCGGCUACGGCUACGCGGGCAGCCGCUACGCGCGCUCGGUGGCGCGCAGCCACCCCGCGAACUACUCCCCGAUGAUCGCGAGGCACGACUUCCGCGCCGUGGGCCGCCCGCGCGCGGCGGACGGAGGGCGCGCGGCACGCCGGUGGAGGGCCCAACUGGCUCCUUUUUUUUGCUUCUUGCCGUAGCGGCAGAUCAACGCUGCGAGCCUAAGCCAUUUGCCGAUAAGAACCGGCAGGGAAAUAGUUCUCAAGGAGCCUGAAUUAUGUGAUGAUGUACGCUCUCUUAAUAAAGCCUUUAGUCAGCUUU